ACGCAGACAGAGGGGGGUUUGUGAAAGCAACGUGAUACAGUUAGAAAUGUCUUCACAUGGAAAGGUAUAGAAAGAGAGAGAGACUGGACAUCCGAAAGAGUGAAACAGUCAAGGCCACAGAGAUAACAGAGAGGAAAGAAAGUAAAAAAAAAGAGAAAGAAAGAGAGAGAGAAGAGGGAGGGAGGGGGUGGGGAAUUAAGGGAGUGUGAAGCAUGCACAGACUGAGAGUCUGAAUCUGUGAGAAGGGUAGAGCUGGUGAAGGUUCACCGUUAUUUGUCUGGAUCUAUUACUUUUUAUGUCCUGAUUCUUCUUACUUCAGACUUUGUGGAUUUUACGGACCUUGGAUUUAACCUCUACAGAGAAGACAAGAAAAAACUCAGCUGUUCUUUGUGGAUGGACAUAAACUUUUAAUCUUUUAAACUUUUAAACAUUUUAAUUGUGAUUCUGGACAACAGCCAGAUUCACUGUUAAGUCACAGUUCUGAUAAAGUCUUCAGCAGUUUACCGUUGACAUGGGGCCUGGGAAGGGGCUGCUUAUUCUUGGUUUAAUGUGUGUGCUGACAAAGAGUGACACUCGGUGCCCGAAAGGCCAGGUUUCUAAACGUGGCGAUUGUGUUGAUGAGGAUGAAUGUGAAUACAAUCCCUGUGGGAAACAUGCAGAGUGCGUAAACACAGCUGGCAGCUAUGAAUGUCACUGCCCAUCUGGAUUCAAAAAAAGUGAAACGACUGAUAACGUCACAACAGUAAAUGGACAGUGUGAAGACAUCAAUGAGUGUUUGGAAGAUAGAGGGAUCUGUGGUCACACAGCUGUGUGUGCUAACCGAAUUGGAUCGUAUAAGUGCACAUGCCGGUCUGGGUACAACGACAACAAAGAAAGUGGACAGUGUGUAGACGUGGAUGAAUGUGAGGAGGCUGAAAUUGCGCAGGAAGAUAUCUGUGGAAUGAAAGGGACUUGUAAGAAUGUCGAAGGGAGUUAUUGGUGCAAGUGUCAACAAGGUUACACAAAUUAUGGCAACAGAAAAACUCCAUGCUCAGACGUGGAUGAAUGUGAGGAGGCUGAAAUUGCGCAGGAAGAUAUCUGUGGAAUGAAAGGGACUUGUAAGAAUGUCGAAGGGGGUUAUUGGUGCAAGUGUCAACAAGGUUACACAAAUUAUGGCAACAGAAAAACUCCAUGCUCAGAGUUGGACUGUGACAAGUUCAUAGUACCUGAACAAACUCUUGAAGGUUUGGCAGCUAUUUGGUCCAUGAUGAGGAACAGCUGUUUGUCUCUGUCGAGCAUAAACCCUGCUGAUGAAGGAAAGGCUAAUGGAGAGGUGCUACUGGAGAAAUUGUUCACAGCGACUGAGGUCAUGCUGUCUCCUGGUCAGCUGGACAACACCGAAGAUGUCAGCGAGUUGCUCAGCACAGUUGAGGACUCCAUCAGGUUCGUCGGUCCACAGCUUAAAGACAACAGCACCAGGAUAGAGACCUCUCAGACAGACAUAGAUAUUGCCCUGCAGAGGACAAAGACUAGACCAACUGGACCGAUACAUCUGACCAGUGAGAAUGCCAGACUGGACACAGACUGGGAAACAGCAUCUGGGAAUGGAACAUACCCAGGAUUUGCUAUGGCUGCAUUGUUGAGUUACAAAAACCUUGGUGAAUAUGUAAACGAGUCCUUCGAGGAGCUUAAAACGCAUGAGGAGGAUGCUGUGGAUCCAACCUUCCAGAUUUCCUCCAAAGUUGUGUCCGUUGUGGUCUCCAACCCGUUGACUCAAAAGCUGAGCCGUGAUGUCAACAUCACGUUCAGACAUCUUCAGGACAUGGAAGAGUCUCCAGAGCGGAAGUACAUUUGUGCAUACUGGAAUGAAAGAGGGGCCUGGUCCAAAGAUGGCUGCCAUCAACAGCGCUCCAAUGCCACACACACUGUGUGCCAGUGUAAACAUCUGAGCAGCUUUGCUGUUCUUAUGGCUCUGUAUCCCAUGGAGCACACCUUUGGGCUCGUGUUGGCAACUAAAAUUGGACUGACCAUCUCCCUGUUGUGUCUGAUACUGUGCAUACUUACAUUCAAGUUUUGCCACUCCAUAAAAGGGACGCGCACCACCAUCCACCUCCACCUCUGCCUCUGCCUCUUCAUGGCGGACCUCGUGUUCCUCGCAGGCAUCUCACAAACCAAACCUGUGGGAGGUUGCAGGUUUGUAGCGGCGUUGCUUCAUUAUUUCUUCCUGGGAGUUUUUACCUGGAUGCUGUUGGAAGGGGUGCAGCUGUACCGCAUGGUGGUUCUGGUGUUCAAUGCCACAAUUCGGCCCCUCUACCUGUUUAUCGCUGGUUAUGGGAUGCCUCUUGUUAUUGUCAUAUUGUCUGCAAUCAUCAGACCCGAGGGAUACGGCACUGACCAGUACUGCUGGCUGUCUUGGCAAAAUGGCCUCAUCUGGAGCUUCUAUGGCCCUGUAUGCUUCAUCAUUGUGGUCAACGUCUUCUUUUUCAUCAUUACUGUGUGGAAACUCGCGCAGAAGUUCACCAGCCUCAACCCAGACCUUUCCAAACUGCACAAAAUUAAAGCCUUUACAGUGACAGCCAUAGCCCAGAUGUGUAUACUGGGCCUCAUGUGGGUCUUUGGGGCCUUCCUGUUUCAAAAGGAGACCAACUUCACAGUCGCGUAUAUCUUCACUAUUCUCAACAGCCUGCAGGGGGCGCUGGUCUUCAUCAUGCACUGCUUGUUGUCAAAACAGGUAAGAGAAGAGUAUUUCCACUUCCUCUCCUGCAUCUGUCCACCACAGAAGAAGAGAUACUCAGACUUGAGCAGCACAAAUCCAUCCAGUAGCCAGUCACAAGGUUCUCGGAGUGGACAGAACACCGGAGAGUCCCAGAUAUGAAGAACUCCGCCUCCAGGCUACAACACCUUUAAGCCUAAACCUGGGCUUUAGUCAGAUUCAGUCAUUAUUUACAUCAGUAGAAAACUGUUUUUUCGUACUGUUAAAUCAGUGGUUCCCAAACUGGGGUUGGGACCCCCUAAUUAUUAGUGAGACAAAUCAAAUUUUUAGAUACAGUUUUUUUAUUUUUUAUUUUUUUACCUUAUCUACAUUGAAAUACACCAAACUGUAUAAACAACCAAGAAGCCAUGGUGGAUCAUGAGUCACUUUUCCCACUUUUUCACGCAGAUCGACCAUUUCUGUUGAUAAUCACAAAAGUUUUUUGUCGUAGAAAAAAAACAGCCAGUGUUUAAGAACCUCUAUAUGUGAAACUGAAGAUAUUUACAGUACAUAGAUUAACGGUUUAUUCAGAACAUAUCACAAUCAUAAUAUAAGCUGUAUUCCUUUUGAAUGGGAGAAAAGUGAUAAUGAUAUAUCCUGGUAUUUAUUUUCAUGUACAUACUUUAAAGUCUACAUUAUAUAGGCUAUAAAAAACCAGAAGUUUUUUUAAAUGUGUAAACAAUAAGGAUAAAAAGGCGCUGAAUUUAAUGUAAAAAAAAAACAAACAAAAAAAACAAAACAAAAAAACAACAACAGGUGGGAGUUUGUGUUUAAUGGGAGCUUUACAGAGAACACAUGUUUCCAGUUUUUGUAUUUAAUGGGAAACAAACAAAUUAUCUGUGAUUUUGGAAUGUUCUUGCAAAUCCCAUGUGGACUCUAUCACUGCAAGGGUUUUUUUUUGCUCUGUUACUUUGAUAUUAAACAAAAUAAGUGACAUUUUUCUGUCACUUAUGGCUGUUUUGAUAAUAUUUGCAGCUGAGCUAUGCUUUUUUCUGUGACAAAUUGAGAACAAAGCAAACAAACCUAACCCAAAAUGAUGCUCUAGCAAUUUCAACUCUGAUAAGACCAGAAUUUCCUGCGAUUGGAAUGUGUUUACAGAAUUUAAUUCCAUGUGAUUAUGGUGUUUUAAUUAUAGCAGUCAGCCUGUACGUCCACACACAGCACAGAAAUGAGAAAUCCAGCCGGUCUGCUUUUUACACGUAGCUUAUGGGAGCUGAGUUUGUUAAAUAUAUUGCACUUUUUUCUUUGUAAAAUGAUAAUUCAGCAAAAGUUAAAGCAGGUGGUGCAAAGAAUAAUCAGGAAAACUUGAGAACAGUCUCACUUAUGGAAAUAAAAGGACAGUUUACUUGUUGGAUUUAGAAAGAAAACAGAUUGUAAAAGGAAAAAAAAAAUGGAUUUAAUCGACAAUCUCAUUUAAUGCUAUAAG